AUGGAUAAAGAAUCAAGCAGAAAUACUUUUGAAAAGAAAUUCCAACACAUCACAAAGAAAAGAGUGUUAGCAUAUUAAAAAUUAAUUAAUGACUAAAACUUUGUCAAAUUAUAAGGGGAAACUGAAUUUAUAGAGGGUGUAAAGUAAAAACCUUAAAUGUACGAAGAUGGCUAAAAAGAAUUCAAUUAGAAAUAUUCAAAAUAAUACAAUUAAAUACAAACACUAUACAAAAAAUGUAUAUAAAAUAAAAAAAACAAUAAUUAAAGAAAUAAAUAAACAAAAUAGAAUAUCAAAUUCAAUAUUAAUAAAGAUCUUGAAGUAUGA